UUUUUUUUUUUUUUUUUUUUGAGGCAGGGUGAGCCUUUUUUCUCUCAUCAUUUUGGAUGAUUCUCAAUAAAGGCUGGAAGCCUUAACUCUUAUUUGGGACAGCCCUAGUUAGACAGCAGUUGGUGGCGUUCUGUAUGUGCGUUUUGAGAGGUUCUGGGUUUAUUUUUCAUGCAUAGGUGGUUAAAGUAUAAAACAUGCGUUACUGACAGUAUCUGCUUUAGGCCUUCAGUUGGCUCAUCAUUUGUGUCUUUAAAAGAAUUACAAGUAGCUUAUUAUUUAAUAAAACCUUCAUGGCUUCCACAGUGUAGCUUUAUACUCCAGCUUUUCUCCUACUGUAGCAAGCUUUUGGUUUUACUACUUCAACAGUAUAUUGCAUGUUUAACUAACAAACACUUUGUAAUACCCGACGUUUGAAACAGUUCUACAGUAGACGUGUUCAGCAGUGAAUGGUGCGACGCUAGGUUAUCUUUCAAAAUCCCAUUAAAACAUCAUUUCAAGGCAUUCUGUUCCCGUUUCUUACUUUCCCAAUGGAUCCAGCAUGCUUGAACUUUAUGUCCUUGUCCAGUUGCUGUUUGUGUUUAUAAAGUUAUGUUUGUCAAACAAGGUCCCCCCCCACCCACCACCCCACUUGAUGUCCUCUGUUCUUCACCAUGUGACGGGUUUAUCUGAAGAAGGAAACCAAAGAGGCCUCGCGGUGCUCCUCACUGUCUCACAGGAGACUCAAAGACCUCUGAAGCGGACGAAGACCUAAAGUGGCAAUCACGCACCCUGGAAGACAACCGGAACCAGAACCACUCCCCCUGUGUUCCGGUAGCCAACGGCCACUACUUGGCGUUAGUACCCGGCAACAGGAGACCCAUUGAUCCGGCGCUGGCGGAGCAUUUUUCCAGGAUGGCGCCUCCUCAGUGCUCCAUCAUUGAGGAGCAGCUGAGGAGGCUGGAGCAGCAUCGCCAGGAGCAGGAGAGACAGAAGAGGCAGUGGCUGGAGGAGGAGCGGCUCAGGCUGGAGCAGCAGAAGAAGCUGGAGAAGCAGCGCAGAGAGCUCCUCCAGCUUCAGCUGCAGCAACAGCAGCAGGAGCACCGUCAGCGCAGGCAGGUCCUGCAGUGGCAGCUGGAGCUGGAGCACCAGUACCGCAUGCAGCAGAAGCAGAUCCAGCAGCAGCAGCAGCUGAGGAGGAGCCCGACUGGAGUGAUGCUGUCGCCGUCGUCCGGACUCUGCACCAUCUACGAAGCCAUGGAAACCAGCGACGAGGAGGACGAGGUCAGAGGAGAGCAGAACAGGAACGUCCAGCUGGCCUCGCAUCCUGUGGCUCCGCAGGACCUGGAGUGGAACAGGAAGGUGGACAUGGUCCAGCAGCUCAUCAACCAGUCCUUGAUGCUGUCUGAUGAAGAAGGCUGCCCUCCUCUGCUGCUGCUGCCCGUAGGAACCGGGGGGACCCUCAGCCCCCUGAGGAGCAGCAUGUGGCCCAGCCUUCCUCCACACUUCAACCCCCCUACAGCCACCGUGACCUCCGUCAGCAGCUACUCCCCUGGCAGCCGGGGCAGCGCUCCAGCUGGAGACUGGACUGUGGUGGAGGUGGAGACCCAGCACUGAGGCAGCUCACAAUAAAAUAUCACCUCUUUAUUUCUUUUUUAUCACAUAUCUUUAUUUGAGAAAGCAGUAACUGAACUUCUGAGUGGAAUCCUUUAAAUAAUUCAGCUCUGUGACCCACAUAUCAGCCUCCACCUUUCCCUUCUUAGCAUGUGACCUUUACACUGUGACACCUUAAAUAAAUCCUUUAUUUUAUCAGCAUAAAAACCUAAAACCAAAUACUGUGCCUUGCUAAAGUACUCGUACUUUUACUCCUGGCAAAAAGUGAAACACACAAGGCUCCAUGUGCAGCCUGCCUCAGGCUUUAAAGAUUAAACAUGGAAGAAAUAAAUGUGCAAACUGUCACUUUUUGACUGCAAGCAUAAUGCUUUAUAUUGUUAGAAAUAAAGGAAAUAAAUGGCCAUGCCCACCAUUACAGUCGCUGAAAGGGCAAAAUAUUCAAGUCAAAUUUAAAAGAAGAAAAAACAUCUCAUCCAUCGACAGAGCAUCUUAUUUACUUGCCCAAACGUCUUUUACUCAUUUCUACGGAAGAGGAUUAGGGCCGCUGGA